UGACCGCUGGUCCAUCUCCGUCUGCUUGAUGAUUUACAAUAAUGGCGACGCUUUUAUUCUGAGUGUACUUCUGCAAGCCAUUUGACAAAAUAAAUACAUUUGAGGAGAACAAUCAAAUACAUAUGAUAAUAAACGUAGCAGGAAACAAUUAUUCCAACAAAAAAAGGACUAAGCUACACUACCUGGCUAAUGUGUUAAUUAAGUUGUGGAGGUGGCAUUCUUGCGGAGGCACAAGCGCUAACGUUAGCUAGCAGCUAACAAAGGUCUACAAUUUCGUGACGAUGUGGCUACUUUACAAGCUCUUGGGGUGACACUUUCUUGUGGUCUUGGGACGAAAAACAACUGAAAGGGAAUACUGAGACGUAUCAGUUAUUUCAACAGCUUGUGGAGUGAAAAGUGCGUGCCAUUCAACAGCUUACUUUGUCAGUUAACGUUAGCCUAAAUGCUAGCUAGCGAGUUAUCUUGGCUUUGCUUCCCAGUUCACUGCGUUGUUGUUGUUUUUAGUUUGGAAACUUAACGUAUAACAUUCACAUUACGAUACAUUUGACUAACACAUUUGUCGCUAGGGUGUUUCUGCUAUCUUGUUUUUGAACGUUACAGUAAGCAGGCUAGCCACACAGUUCGGCGUGCUACUUGCAAACUAACAAGAUAUUGCUGAAUUGUGUUCUUCUGGACAACAGACCGAUUUUGCAUCGCAAAAUUAUCCUGCCGAACAUAGUUAACGUUAGUUAGCAAUCUAGCAUAUUCUGCUAGCUGGCAAUUUGCGAGACCUUUUCAUAAAUGACUACCGGCAGGAAUAACCGUGUGAUGAUGGAAGGAGUUGGUGCAAGAGUGAUCCGCGGACCCGAUUGGAAAUGGGGAAAACAGGAUGGUGGAGAGGGACAUGUAGGCACCGUCAGGAGUUUUGAAAGUCCGGAAGAAGUGGUUGUUGUCUGGGAUAACGGGACUGCAGCCAACUACCGGUGCUCUGGUGCAUACGACGUGAGGAUAUUUGAUAGUGCUCCCACAGGUAUCAAGCAUGACGGCACCAUGUGCGACACCUGUCGUCAGCAGCCUAUCAUCGGGAUCCGCUGGAAGUGUGCUGAAUGCAACAACUAUGACCUCUGCACCACCUGUUACCAUGGAGACAAGCACCACCUGCGACAUCGCUUCUACAGGAUCACUACUCCUGGUAGCGAGAGAGUCCUGUUGGAGUCUCGCCGUAAGUCGAAGAAGAUCACAGCCCGAGGCAUCUUCACCGGUGGCCGGGUGGUGAGAGGAGUGGACUGGCAGUGGGAGGAUCAGGAUGGAGGCAACGGAAGGAGAGGAAAGGUGACAGAGAUCCAGGACUGGAGUGCAGCCAGCCCCCACAGUGCAGCCUACGUCCUCUGGGACAAUGGGGCCAAGAACCUCUACAGAGUGGGCUUCGAGGGGAUGUCGGAUUUGAAAUGUGUCCAGGAUGCCAAAGGAGGCUCUUUCUACAGAGACCACUGCCCUGUUCUCGGUGAGCAGAAUGGCAACAGAAACCCAGGCGGUUUGCAAAUUGGAGACCUGGUCAACAUCGACUUGGACCUGGAAAUAGUCCAGUCCCUGCAGCACGGCCACGGAGGCUGGACAGACGGAAUGUUCGAGACUCUCACCACCACCGGUACCGUGUGUGGCAUCGACGAGGACCAUGACAUUGUGGUGCAGUACCCCAGUGGGAACAGGUGGACAUUCAACCCUGCGGUGCUGACCAAGGCCAACGUGGUGCGUAGUGGGGAAGGUGUUGCGGCGGGGGCAGAGGGAGGCAGCUCCCAGUUCCUGGUGGGAGACCUGGUCCAGAUCUGCUACGACAUCGACCGCAUCAAGCUGCUGCAGAGAGGCCAUGGGGAGUGGGCUGAGGCCAUGCUGCCUACCCUGGGCAAGGUGGGCCGCGUGCAGCAGAUCUACUCUGACAGCGACCUGAAGGUGGAGGUGUGUGGAACGUCAUGGACCUAUAACCCUGCUGCCGUCACCAAGGUGGCCCCCACUGGCUCUGCUGUCACCAACGCAUCCGGAGAGCGUCUGUCUCAGCUGCUGAAGAAGCUGUUUGAGACCCAGGAGUCGGGUGAUGUCAAUGAGGAACUGGUCAAAGCAGCAGCCAAUGGAGACCUGGCUAAGGUGGAGGACAUCCUCAAGAGACCUGACGUGGACGUGAACGGGCAGUGUGCUGGACACACAGCCAUGCAGGCGGCCAGUCAGAACGGACACGUGGACGUCCUCAAGCUGCUGUUGAAACACAACGUGGACCUGGAGGCUGAGGACAAGGAUGGAGACCGGGCGGUGCACCACGCGUCCUUCGGAGACGAGGGCUCUGUGAUCGAGGUGCUGCAGAGGGGCGGUGCCGACCUGAACGCCAGGAACAAGCGCAGACAGACCCCACUGCACAUUGCUGUCAACAAAGGCCAUCUGCAGGUGGUCAAGACCCUGCUGGACUUUGGCUGCCACCCCAGCCUCCAGGACUCCGAGGGAGACACGCCCCUGCAUGACGCCAUUAGUAAGAAGAGGGACGACAUGCUCUCUGUGCUGCUGGAGGCGGGAGCUGACGUCACCAUCACCAACAACAACGGAUUCAACGCCCUGCACCACGCCGCCUUGCGAGGGAACCCCAGUGCCAUGCGUGUGCUGCUGGCCAAGCUGCCGCGGCCCUGGAUCGUAGAUGAGAAGAAAGAUGACGGUUACACCGCCCUGCACCUGGCGGCACUCAACAACCACGUAGAGGUGGCCGAGCUGCUGGUUCACCAGGGCAGUGCCAGCCUGGACAUCCAGAACGUAAACCAGCAGACAGCCCUGCACCUGGCUGUGGAGAGACAGCACACACAGAUAGUCAGGCUGCUGGUGCGAGCAGAGGCAAAGCUGGACGUGCAGGACAAGGAUGGGGACACUCCUCUCCACGAGGCGCUGCGUCACCACACGCUGUCCCAGCUCCGCCAGCUGCAGGACAUGCAAGACGUCAGCAAGGUGGAGCCCUGGGAACCCUCAAAAAAUACGCUGAUCAUGGGCCUGGGCACCCAGGGAGCAGAGAAGAAGAGUGCAGCGUCCAUCGCCUGCUUCCUGGCAGCUAACGGAGCAGACCUGACCAUGCGCAACAAGAAGGGCCAGUCCCCUCUGGACCUCUGCCCCGACCCCAGCCUCUGUAAGGCCCUGGCCAAGUGCCACAAGGAGAAGAUCAGUGGCCAGGUGGGCUCUCGCAGCCCGUCUCUGAACAGUACCGGUGAGACCCUGGAGGAGUGUAUGGUGUGUUCUGACAUGAAGAGAGACACCCUGUUCGGACCGUGCGGACACAUCGCCACCUGCUCUCUCUGCUCCCCCCGCGUCAAGAAGUGUCUCAUCUGCAAGGACCAGGUCCAGUCCAGAACCAAGAUCGAGGAGUGUGUCGUAUGUUCUGACAAGAAGGCUGCCGUGCUUUUCGAGCCCUGCGGUCACAUGUGCGCUUGUGAAAACUGUGCCGGCCUCAUGAAGAAGUGCGUACAGUGCCGGGCUGUUGUGGAACGCCGCACGCCCUUUGUCCUUUGUUGUGGAGGGAAAGGUAUGGAGGGUGAUGCCGCUGAUGAUGAUGAUGAUGAUGAUGAUGAUGAUGAGGACCUUACAGGUAACUCUAACUCAGCUCUAAUGGCAGGGGGCUCGCUGGAUCUGCUCCAGCCCAACAAUCUGGCACUAAGUUGGUCCAGCGGUAACAUCCCGGCCAUGCAGAGAGACAAAGACAACACCAAUGUCAACGCUGACGUUCAGAAACUGCAGCAGCAACUGCAGGACAUCAAGGAGCAGACCAUGUGUCCGGUGUGCCUGGACCGGCUGAAGAACAUGAUCUUCAUAUGUGGCCACGGCACCUGCCAGCUGUGUGGCGACCGCAUGAGCGAGUGCCCCAUCUGCCGCAAGGCCAUCGAGAGGCGCAUCCUCCUGUACUAGAGUCCCAGGCGUCGGUCUGAGCCUUCUACACCCCCACCACCCCCAAUGUCAAGGCCUUCGAGAGGUGCAUCCUCCUGUACUAGAGUCCCAGGCUUCAGUCUGAGCCUUCUACACCCCCACCACCCCCCAUGUCGAGGCCUCCGAGAGGUGCA